ACCUUCUCUUCGGAGUUACCCGUCGUCCUUCGUAAAUCUCCCUCGCUCUUAUCCAGGUUCGUGUGGCGUUCAGAACCUGCACCGUUCUUCGAAAGGGGGACCAUGACUGGUAAUUGGAGCAAAUGAGCAGAUUCACACGGGAGCAGAAGCAGUGUCCAUAAAAUUGUAUUUUAUCCUAACUGACCUGAGAGAAUAAGAAGAACAGAAGAGUCAGACGAGAAAAACAAGUGCAGAGAGAAGAGGACGAGUGUGUGAAGACAGUCGAUGGACACUGCCCAGUCCGAGGGGACGACACAUUCUCAUCUAGCGGGGAAAAAAAAGAUUUCAAAAUUGAGUCGAAGGACAGAAACUCGCCGUCAGGCAUGGUGUGUGAGAAGGGGAUCCAGAUCCUUCUCACCAUCGUGGGGGCAUUUGCCUCCUUCGGCCUGAUGACGGUGGCGAUCGGGACGGAUUACUGGCUCUAUUCGCGGGCUUUGAUUUGCAACAGCACGGCAAAUGUCACGCAGGAUGACCCACACAACAAGGACAAGAAGGACCCCGGAGCACUUACACACUCAGGCCUGUGGAGGAUCUGCUGCCUUGAAGGUGUAAAGCGAGGUGUGUGCUCUCAGAUUAACCACUUCCCAGAAGAUGCCGACUUUGACCACGAUGGAGCAGAGUACGUCUUACGAGUGGUUCGAGCCUCAAACAUCUUCCCAAUUUUAAGUGCCAUUUUGUUGCUAAUGGGUGGCGUGUGCAUUGCUGCCAGUCGUUUCUACAAAAGCAAAAGGAACAUAAUCCUGGGAGCUGGAAUUCUCUUUGUAGCUGCAGGCUUAAGCAACAUCAUCGGUGUGAUCGUGUACAUCUCAGCAGCGCUGGGCGACAUCUCUCCAAAGAAAGAUGAGGAUAAAAAAUGGCAGUACUCGUACGGCUGGUCCUUCUACUUCGGUGGUCUGUCUUUCAUCCUGGCUGAAAUGGUGGGCGUCCUGGCCGUCAACAUCUACAUCGAAAAGAACAAGGAGCUGCGCUGCCGGUCACGCACCGACAUCUUUAAAAGCACGACACACGCCGUGCUGCGCUUACCCAGCUACCGUUUCCGCCGCCGCUCCUCACGGUCCAGCUCGCGCUCUACCGAACCGUCGCGGGGCUCACGGGACCCCUCGCCUGCAGCCGGUCCCCCGGGAAGCAAAAGCUACGGCCUGCCCCCUUCAGCACUGCUCUCGCAGGGGCCCGUCUCUGUAUCCACACUGCCCAAUCCACACUCGCGUUCGCAUUCGGCCCUGCCUGGAGGCGACAUCUCGCUGUACACGCUGUCACGAGACCCCAAACUGGGUGCACUGGGGACCCUGGGUGCACCCCCGCUGUACGGCACAGUCGACCGCGCGACACUCUACCAGUUACACAACUGCUUUCCCAAAGAUAGCGCCGGCGGAGCGGCCAUGAUGAUGAGUGGCACCCUGCCGUCUCUUAAGUCCCACAAUCCCGUGCAGAAUUCAUCCAGUGGAAACUCAGCGCCCUCAUCACAGCCACCGCCGUUCACCUCCUCGACCGUGGAGAGGGAGAGAGGAAUGGGCACACUGGACAGGCUGACCAAACCGGAAAGCAACUCCAACACGCUGAACAGGAAAACCACACCAGUGUAGUGAGGGACUAAUAAGGGUGCAAAUGGGUGAAGGGUGCUGAAGGAAAACAGAGACGGGGAGAGAGAGCAGGGGUAAAUAAUCUAUUCUCUUUCUCUCUGUUAAAGGAUGUUUUACUUUUUCAAAAAAAAAAGUUUUUAAAAGAUUAAACCAGUGAUAAAAACAGAUAGAUUACAGCUAGGACGUUCUCUCACUUUUAAUUUAAUGUUAGUA